AUGGCCGCCAGAGGAAAGCUAAGAGCUGGGUCGGGUUCCCCGCUUGAGCCGCCCCGCCUCCCUGUCUACAGCCGAUGCCAAGCCCCGCCCCCCUGUCUGCAGCCAACGCCAAGCCCCGCCCCCCUGUCUGCAGCCGACGCCGAGCCCCGCCCCACUGUCUGGAGCCAAUGCCAAGCCCCGCCCCCUUCACACUACGGAUCGGCUGCUGUCGAGUGCCAACAUAACAUCAAGUCUCAUUUGAAGGAGAAGUUCAGGUGUAUGUUUGAGGGAAUCGCUAAAGCAGGACAUUCAACACCUCUGAAUGACUUCUACACAGAGCUCUUCAUCACAGAGAGAGGCAGUGGAGAAGUCAACAAGGAACAUGAGGUCAGACUAAUUGAAACAGCUUCCAGGAAACCAGCUAAGGAGAUAACACCAAUCAAAUGUGAAGACAUCUUUAAACUCUUACCUGGAAAAGAUCAACCAAUCAGAACAAUAAUGACAACUGGAGUGGCCGGCAUUGGUAAGACCGUCUUAACGCACAAGUUCACUCUGGACUGGUCUGAAGGCAAAGCCAACCACGACAUACACUUUACAUUUCUGUUCACUUUCAGAGAGCUGAAUUUAGUGAGAGAGAAAGAGUUUAGCUUGGUGGAACUUCUUCAUCACUUCUUUAAUGCAACCAAAGCAGCAGGAAUCUGCAGAUAUGACCAGUUCCAAGUUGUCUUCAUCUUGGAUGGACUGGAUGAGUGUCGACUUCCUCUGGACUUCCAGAGGAACCCGAUCUUGACUGAUGUCACAGAGUCCACCUCGGUGGACGUGCUGCUGACAAACCUCAUCAGGAGCGACCUGCUUCCCUCUGCUCGCAUCUGGAUAACCACACGCCCUGCGGCAGCAAAUCAGAUCCCUGCUAAGUAUGUUGGCAUGGUAACAGAGGUGAGGGGGUUCACCGACCCACAGAAGGAGGAGUACUUCAGGAAGAGAUUCAGGGAGGAGAAUCUGGCCAGGACAAUCAUCUCCCACAUCAAGAUAUCACGAAGCCUCCACAUCAUGUGUCACAUCCCAGUCUUCUGUUGGAUCACUGCUACAGUUCUGGAGGACUUCUUCAAAACAUCCCAGAGAAGAAAAAAUAUUCCCAAGACUCAGAUGUACAUUAACUUUCUGAGGGUUCAGUCCAUACAGGGGGACAGGAAGUACCAUGGGAGAGCUGAAACAGAUCCACACUGGAGUUCAGAAGGAAGGGAGAUCAUUGUUUCUCUGGGAAAACUGGCUUUUGACCAGCUGGAGAAAGGCAAACUGAUCUUCUAUGAGGAAGACCUGACAGAGUGUGGCAUCGAUGUCAGAAGAGCCUCAGUGUACUCAGGAGUGUUCACCCAGAUCUUUAAAGAGGAGUGUGGGCUGUACCAGGACAAAGUGUUCUGCUUUGUCCAUCUGAGCAUCCAGGAGUUUCUGGCUGCCUUUCAUGUUUCCCAGUCCUUGAUCAAUACUGGUGUCAAUCUGCUCUCAGAGGAACCACCAACCUCCAGGAAAGAUACACUCACCCUCUACCAGAGUGCUGUGGACAAGGCCUUACAGAGUGAGAACGGACACCUGGACUUGUUCCUCCGCUUCCUCCUGGGCCUCUCUCUGGAGACCAAUCAGAAUCUACUACGAGGUCUGCUGGCACUGACAGGAAGUAGCUCACAGAUAAAUCAACAAACAGUCUGUUAUAUCAAGGAGAAGAUGAAUGGAGACCUCUCUCCAGAGAGAAGCAUCAAUCUGAUCCACUGUCUGACUGAGUUGAACGACCAUUCUCUAGUGGAGGAGAUCCAACAUCUUCUGACAUUAGGAAGUCUCUCCAGAAGAACACUAUCUCCUGCUCAGUGGUCAGCUCUGGUCUUCAUCUUACUGUCAUCAGAAGAGGAGCUGGACGUGUUUGACCUGAAGAAAUAUUCUGCUUCAGAGGACGGUCUUCUGAGGCUACUACCAGUGGUCAAAGCCUCCAAAACAUCUCUGCUGAAUGACUGUCAUCUGUCAGAGAGAUGCUGUGAAGCUCUGGCCUCAGUUCUCAGCUCCACCUCCUCUAGUCUGAGAGAGCUGGACCUGAGUACCAAUGAUCUGACGGAUUCAGGAGUGAAGCUGCUCUCUGCUGGACUGGGGAGUCCACACUGUACACUGGAAUCUCUCAGCUUGUCUGGCUGCCUGAUCACAAAGAAGGGCUGUGCUUCUCUGGCCUCAGCUCUGAGCUCUAACCCCUCCCAUCUGAAAGAGCUGGACCUGAGCUACAAUCACCCAGGAGACUCAGGAGCUGCGCUGCUCUCUGCUGGACUGGAGGAUCCACUCUGGAGACUGGACACUCUCAGUGUGGAGCACGGUGGUGUGUGGAGGCUGAAAUCAGGUCCACUAGGGGGCGGUGAAUCCACCUCGGUGCAGUUCAACUUCUGGCCAACAGGAUCAGGGUGA